GUCGGCUGUUUGUCAUCGUGAGGUACCAGGGAAGAAAGAGAAGGGAGAAACAAUGGAUCAGGACCUGUUUGGGGGGGCCCCCAGGUUUCUCACGAGGCCCAAGGCGGUCUCGGUGUGCAUGGGUAAGGAUGCCACUCUCAGCUGCACCAUCGUGGGGAACCCCAUCCCGCUCAUCACCUGGGAGAAGGGCAAACUCCGGCUGACCUCGGGGGGGCGCUUCAAGACGGUGGACGACGGCGACGUCUACCGCAUCACCAUCUACGACCUGGCCCUGGAGGACAGCGGCCAGUACCUGUGCCGCGCCAAGAACACUGUGGGGGAGGCCUACGCCGCUGUCACCCUCCAGGUGGCGCUGCCCUCGGAGAUGGCCCUGAGGGCGCCCGUCUUCAUGGUGAAACCCACCAACUCCCGCGUGGUUCUGGGGGGUAACCUGGUGUUCUACUGCCGGGUGGCGGCCCACCCGGAGCCCGCCUUCGACUGGGAGAAGGACGGCCGCUACAUGGGCGUGACCAACCGCAUCAAGAUCGUCUCGGACAGCGACAGCAGCUCCCUGAAGAUCCAGAGCGUGCGGAACCUGGACGCCGGCACCUACACCUGCAGGGUGCAGAACAGCUCGGGCCGGGCGCACGCCUCUGCCGUGCUCGCCGUGGACGCCCAGGACUCCCGCCAGCAAGGGGCGGCGGCGGAUAAGAACACCUCCCUGCUCUCGCACCUGCAGAAGCGCAAGGAGGACAUGAAGAACGACAUCUCCGUCUACCGCACCGAGGACGGCGUCUCCUCAUCCUCCGUCACGUCCUCCUCUUCCUCCUCCACCACCACCGCCAACAGCAGCAUCAGCAUCAAGGAUGGGCUUAGCGCUCUGAGUAUGGAGCAGCGCAUGAGGGCCUCGGCGCUGGCCAAGCUGCCCAAGGGCGUGUUUACCCGCACCUGCACGGUCACGGAGGGCAAGCACGCCAAGCUGAGCUGCUUCGUCACGGGCCACCCCAAGCCCCACAUCAUCUGGAGGAAGGACGGCUCCAACAUCAGCGAGGGCCGCCGGCAGGUCAUCUACGAGGACCAAGCGGAGAACUUCAUCUUGAAGAUCCUGUACUGCAAGCAGAGCGACAACGGCCUGUACACCUGCAACGCCACCAACAUGGCCGGGCAGACCUACAGUGCCGUGCUGGUGAUCGUCAAGGAGCCCAAAGUGCCGUUCAGGAGGAAGCUCCAGGACGUGGAGGUGCAGGAGAAGGCGUCGGCCACGCUGCUGUGCGAGGUGCCGGCGUCGGCCACCAUGGCCAACUGGUUCAUGGAGGAGACCCGCAUCGAGGAGAGCUCCAAGUACCGCAUGCAGCAGGACGGCACGCUGCGCCGCCUCACCAUCCACAACGUCACCACCAAUGACGACGCUGUGUACAUCUGCGAGAUGGCCGAGGGCAGCCGCACCGUGGCCGAGCUCACCGUGCUGGGUAAUAUCACAAAAAAGCUGCCCCGGAGGACGGUGGUCCCCGUCAGCGACACGGUCAUCUUCUGCGUGGAGCUGGAGCAACCCUGCCCCGACUCCUACUGGACCCGCAACGCCGAGAGGCUGAAGCAGGACUCCCGCAUCUCCAUGGCCUGUGUGCUCAGACAAUACACCCUCACCAUCAAAGACUGCCAGGCCGGGGACUCCGGAGAGGUGGCCUUCGUUGCGGGCGACUGCAAGACGUCCACUCGGUUCUCCGUCACUGCUGCAAGAAAACAUCCGCCAGACCCCCCAGUCAACGCAGUGGUGCAGAACAAGACAGACUCCUCCAUCACCCUCCAGUGGUCGCCCCCGGACAGCGAUCGCCCCGUGCCCAUCAAGAGCUACAUCAUCGAGAGGAGGAAGGUUGGCAACCAGACAUGGCAACGCUGCAACGCCACGGAGAUAAUCGUCUCCACACAGACGACCCUCUGCAACUUCACAGAGGAGACCAGCUACCAGUUCCGUAUCUCUGCCGUCAAUGACUUCGGCCAGAGCCCCUACUUGGAGGUGUCUGGAAGCUUCUAUCUCGAGCCUUCUGCGGAGAUGAAGAAAGGUCUAGUGGACAGCACUGCCUACUUCGGGGACGAGCACUCGCUCUCCGUGGAGUUGUCCGCCGUCUGCUCCGGGUUCUGGUCCCUGAACGGUCGCAUGCUGCGCAGCGGGGGUGAAUACCUCAUCACGAGGUCCAAGAACGUUCACACGCUGACCAUCCGCGAGGUCACCAUGGAGAUGAACGGGGUCGAGGUCAAAUUCGUGGGAGGCGGCUCGGAGACCCGCUGCGUACUAAGUGUUAAGGCCCCCUCUGUCAGGUUCACCAGUAAGUCAGAUCCCAUGGAGGUCGUGACCUGCAGUGCUCAGGCCACCGCUCAGCUAACCGCCGAGGUGUCUGAUCACGAGACAAAGGUGGUCUGGAUGAGAAAUGGAAGGGAGGUGAAAGUAGGGAAAAAGUAUGAGUAUGUGAUUUUGGAGCGCAAGAGGACCCUGCUGGUCCACAAUGUCUCGGAGGAGGACGUUGGUGUCUACGAGUGUGUUUUGGAUGGCGACAGAAUGUCCCUGCAACUUGCCCUUAAAGACGAACCUGUGAAGUUCAUCAACAAGCCCAGAGGCACCAUGGGCAUGAUGUCCACCCUCACAGGGGACCUGGACCUGAGCUGCGAGGUGUCUUCUGCCAGUGCCACGGUGGCGUGGAAGAAGGACCAGGUUGAGAUCCAUGAAGACCAAAGGACCAGCAUGACCUCGAAAGGAACGCAGCGCAGGCUGAUCAUCAAGAGCGCCAAGAAAACCGAUGGAGGACAUUAUUCCUGUGAGGUGGCCGGAGACAAAGUCACAUUCCAUGUCAAGAUCAAAGAAACCCAAGCAGCAACUACAGUCUCUGCAGCAACUGAAUCCACUACAGUAAGUUCAUCAACUACAGUCACUACAGUCUUCUCAAACAAGGAGUCCAUCCAGAGCGAGGUGAAGGCGACUCUUUCCCAGAAGGCCACCCUCAGCUGUGAGGUGUCUGACGUGAAGACGGAGGUGAAAUGGUACAAGGAUGGGAAGCUGCUGACCUCAAGCAAGAACGUCUCGUUUGAGGCCAAAGGCAAAACUCGCCUGCUGGUCAUUGAAAAGGUGGAGAAGAAGGAUGCUGGAGAGUACGUCUGUGAAGCUGGAACUGAGAAGUUGGUGUACAAGUUACAGGUGUCAGAGAUCCAGACCAAGUCAACCUUCUCCAGCAAGGAGUCGAUCCAGCGGGAGGUGAAGGCCACUCUUUCCCAGAAGGCCACCCUCAGCUGUGAGGUGUCUGACGUGAAGACGGAGGUGAAAUGGUACAAGGAUGGGAAGCUGCUGACCUCCAGCAAGAACAUCUCCUUUGAGGCCAAAGGCAAAACUCGCCUGCUGGUCAUUGAAAAGGUGGAGAAGAAGGAUGCUGGCGAGUAUGUCUGUGAAGCUGCAGGGGAGAAGCUGGUCUUCAAGAUCCAUGUCUCAGAGGCCCACUCAGUCUUCUCCAGCAAGGAGUCCACCCAGAGAGAGGUGAAGGCCACUCUGUCCCAGAAGGCCACCCUCAGCUGUGAGAUGUCUGAUGUGAAGACGGAGGUGAAAUGGUUCAAGGAUGGGAAGCUGCUGAACUCCAGCAAGACCCUUCACAUGGAGUCUAAGGCCAAGAGUCGCCAGCUGGUGAUAGACAGUGUGGAGAAGAAGGAUGCUGGAGAGUACGUCUGCGAAGCUGGAACUGAGAAGCUGGUGUAUAAGUUACAGGUGGCAGAGGACCAAACCAGGCAGGCCUUCAGCAACAAGGAGUCGAUCCAGCGGGAGGUGAAGGCCACUCUCUCCCAGAAGGCCACCCUCAGCUGUGAGGUGUCUGACGUGAAGACGGAGGUGAAAUGGUACAAGGAUGGGAAGCUGCUGACCUCCAGCAAGAACAUCUCCUUUGAGGCCAAAGGCAAAACUCGCCUGCUGGUCAUUGAAAAGGUGGAGAAGAAGGAUGCUGGAGAGUACAUCUGUGAAGCUGCAGGGGAGAAGCUGGUCUUCAAGAUCCAUGUCUCAGAGGCCCACUCAGUCUUCUCCAGCAAGGAGUCAACCCAGAGAGAGGUGAAGGCCACUCUGUCCCAGAAGGCCACCCUCAGCUGUGAGAUGUCUGACGUGAAGGCGGAGGUGAAAUGGUUCAAGGAUGGGAAGCUGCUGAACUCCAGCAAGACCCUUCACAUGGAGUCUAAGGCCAAGAGUCGCCAGCUGGUGAUAGAUAGUGUGGAGAAGAAGGAUGCUGGAGAGUAUGUCUGUGAAGCUGGAACUGAGAAGCUGGUGUAUAAGUUACAGGUGGCAGAGGACCAAACCAGGCAGGCCUUCAGCAACAAGGAGUCGAUCCAGCGGGAGGUGAAGGCCACUCUCUCCCAGAAGGCCACCCUCAGCUGUGAGGUGUCUGACGUGAAGACGGAGGUGAAAUGGUUCAAGGAUGGGAAGCUGCUGACCUCCAGCAAGACCCUUCACAUGGAGUCUAAGGCCAAGAGUCGCCAGCUGGUGAUAGACAGUGUGGAGAAGAGGGAGGCUGGAGAGUACGUCUGCGAAGCUGCAGGGGAGAAGCUGGUCUUCAAGAUCCAUGUCUCAGAGGCCCAGUCAGCCUUCUCCAGCAAGGAGUCGAUCCAGAGAGAGGUGAAGGCCGCGUUCUCCCAGAAGGCCACCCUCAGCUGUGAGGUGUCUGACGUGAAAACGGAGUUAAAAUGGUUCAAGGAUGGAAAGCUGCUGACCUCAAGCAAGAACAUCUCCUUUGAGGCCAAAGGCAAAACUCGCCUGCUGGUCAUUGAAAAGGUGGAGAAGAAGGAUGCUGGAGAGUACAUCUGUGAAGCUGGAACUGAGAAGCUGGUGUAUAAGCUACAGGUGGCAGAUGCCGCCGCAAAGUUCCAGAAGAGGUCGAUCAAGGACACCUGUGUGGAAGCGAGCGAGAAGGUGGUGUUGACGGCUGAGCUGACCUCGGAGAGCGCCUCCGUCACUUGGUUCAGGGACGGGGUGCAGCUCACUGAAGGUAGCAAGUAUGAGAUGAAGAAAGACGGCCUGUCUCGUACGCUGGUCGUGAAAUCCACCGAGGCCAAAGACGGUGGGACAUACUCCUGUCACUCCGCCGAUGACAAAAUUGAGUUCAAGGUACAGGUCAAAGAAUCGGCGUUGAAGUUUGUGACGCCCUUGAAGGCUGUCGCGGUGGAGCUGGGCGGCAAGCUGAGCCUGAUGUGUGAGCUGAACCAAGCGGCCGGGGACGUUCUCUGGCGCCAUGGCGGUAAGGAAAUGAAGCCUGGCGGCCGGUGUGUCGUCAGCACGGACGGCGCCAAGCGGGUCCUGAGCGUGACCGCCAUGACCAAGGAAGACGAGGGAGAGUACAGCUGUGAAUGUAAAAACGACAAGACCUCUGCUACGGUCACCUCAAAGGCACCCAGACUAGUGAGAAUCACCGCCAAGCUAAACAACGUCGUAGCGGUGGAGGGAAAAGACGCCAUCUUUAAAUGCACCGUCACCCCAGCCGACGUAAACGUCAAAUGGUUCCGCAACAACAUACCCAUCGCUGCCGGGCCAAAGUACAAGAUUGAGCACGGGGGCACCUGCCACUCCCUCACCAUCACCGCCGUCGCCCAGAACGAUGCUGGAGAGAUCAGUCUGGACGCGGAGGGCAAGGGCUGCAACGCCACGCUGCAAGUGCAACAGGUUCCUGUGACCAUCAAGAAGAAGCUGGAGAACAUGACCGUGGAGGAACAGAAGGAGGUGCGGAUGGAGGUGGAGCUCAGCAGGCCUUCGGCGGAGGUCAGGUGGAUGAAGAACGGCGUGGUGCUGCAGCCCGCGGGCAACAUGGAGCUCCUGGUGGUCGGAGCCAAGCAGAGCCUGGUCUUCAAGAGCGUGGCGUAUGCCGACCGCGGUCUCUACUCCUGUGAAACCCUCGAUGACAAGACCCAGGCCAAGCUCACUGUUGAGAUGAGGAAGAUUUCGAUUGUGAAGGGACUGAAGGAAACCAGUGCUCAGGAGGCCGAGACGGUAACUCUGGAGGUGGAGCUCAACCAGGCUGACGUCGAGGCCUCCUGGACCAGAGACGGCCUCAAGAUCAAGACAGGGCCCAGCUGUCGUACCACAGUGCUGGGGAAGAAGCAUGCCCUCACGCUCUCCCAACUGAAGUUGGAGGAUGCGGGAACAAUCGCCUUCCAAGCCGAAGGGGUCCACACAUCCGCCAAAUUAAUUGUCACAGAACCCGCUGCCAUGAUCUCCAAACCCAUCUUGGAUAUCCGUGCUCCUGAGAAAGAUAAGGUCACCUUUGAAUGUGAACUCUCAAGAACCAACGCAGAAGUCAAGUGGUUUAAGGAUGACAAUGAACUAAAACCAGGGAAGAACCUGGGAAUCUAUUGCUCGGGCCGCAAGCGCAGUCUGAUAAUCCAGAAGUGUAGAUCAGAAGACCAAGGCACUUACAUCUGUCGCUCGGCAGACGACAACACAUCAGCCAAGCUCACCGUGCACGCCCGAGACAUUAAGAUCGUUAAGAAACUGGAGGACGUGGAGGUGACGGAGAAGGAGAGCGCCUCGUUCGUGUGUGAGAUCUCCCACGACGAGGUGGAGUGUCAGUGGCACAAGGGAAGCAGCAAGCUCAAAGUCGGGGACAACAUCAAAAUGAGACAAGAGGGUAAAAUGUAUGUCCUCCUGUUCAAAUCGGUGACGCCAGAAGACGUUGGUGAGGUUAAAUUUACGGCUGAGAAAGCCUCCUCAAGUGCAAAACUUAAAGUGAAAGAGCUGCCCGUGAAGUUUGUGAAGAGGCUGCGAGAUAAGAUCGCCAUGCACAAGCACCGCGGCCACCUGGAGUGCCAGGUGUCCCGCGCCAGCGCCCGGGUCAGCUGGUACAAGAACAAGACGGAGAUCAAAUCCGACCGCAAGUACGAGGUCAGGAGCGAAAACGUGUACCGGAAGCUCACCAUCAACGACGUGUGCUCGGACGACGAGGACACGUACACCUGCGACGCCAUCGACGACAAGACGUCCUGUAAGCUGCUGGUGGAAGAGCAGGCCAUCAGCAUCGUUCGGGAGCUGAGCGCAGUAGAAGUGACCGAGCCCUUCGCUGCCGUCUUCGAGGUGGAGAUCAGCAUGGAGCUGGUGAAGCCUGCCAUCUGGACGCUUAACGGAGCGGCGUUGCAGGAGAGCAAUGACGUUGAGAUGGAGAAAGAAGGCACUUUGCAUCGUCUCACCUUUAAGAAGACCAAAGCCUCCAUGACUGGCCCCGUGCAGUUCACCGCUGGCAAGAGCAAAUCCCACGCCCAACUCACUGUCAAAGAGCGCCCCCUGGAGGUGGCAGAACCAAUCAGCGAGGUGAAAGCGAAGGAAAAGGGCUCAGCUGUGCUGAGCUGCAAGUUCUCCGCCGUGCCCAAAGAGGUGAACUGGUUUAAAGGGGAAACGUUACUGGCCAAGUCUGACAAGUUCAGCAUCAGGCUAGAUGCCUCAAAGGCUCAGCUGAUCGUUCAGAACCUGACCUGCGAGGACAGCGGUGAAUACUGCUGUCAGUCGGGACCUGCCAAGACCAAAGGCUCUCUCAUCGUGGAAGCGCGAGACAUCCAGAUCACCAAGCACCUGGCCGACACCGAGGUGGACGAGGACAGCGACGCCGCCUUCACCUGCGAGGUGAACUACGCGGACGAGGAGCUGCAGUGGCUGCUGAACGACAAGCCGCUGUGCACCAACGAGGUCAACACCAUCACCCACGAGGCGAAGGCGCACAAGCUCACCCUCAAGAACCUGGCCCCCCAGGACGGGGGAACCAUCCGCGUCAAAGUCCGGACGGUCACGGAAUCCGCCACGCUGAAGGUCAAAGAGAAACGGGCCGUGUUCCUCAAGUCGCUGGAUGACGUGGUCGGAGAGGAGAAGGGCAUGAUCACCCUGGCGUGUGAGGCCUGCAAACCCAGGGUGUCUCCCACAUGGAGGAAGGACGGCGCCGUGCUGAAGGCCGGCCCCAAGUACGAGCUCCUCCACACCGGCAAGGCCCUGGGCCUCAUCAUCAAGGACGUCACCAAGGAGGACGCAGGGGAGUACAGCUGCGACCUGGGCACGGAGGUGUCCAAGUCAAAGGUCACUGUGAGAGAAAUAGCCAUCGGUAUCACCAAGUAUCUGAAGUCGGCAGAGGUCACUGAGGGAGAGUCCUGCAGCUUCGAAUGCAUCCUGUCCCGGGAGACCCCAGACGCUUGCUCCUGGACCCUGAACGGAACCACAGUCACCGACGGAGGACGCUUCAGAGUCUCUAGUAAAGGACGCAAGUACAUGAUGACCGUCAAGGAGGUCGCCCUUGCUGAUGCUGGAGAAGUGAUCUUCAGCAUUAUAGAGCUGAGCUCCAAAACGACCUUAGCAGUCGAAGGUAAAGCUCAGUCUUUGUCCAAGGAGCUCCAGAAUGUUAGCGUCAGUGCAGGGGAAGACGCCGUGUUCACCUGUGAGGUCACACAGGUUAAGGCCGUUGUGAACUGGGCCAAAGACGGCAAGGGCAUCAGGAAGAGUCAGAAGUACGAACUCCUUCAAGAGGAGAAGGUCAGGAAGAUGACCAUCCACGGGGUUGCUGCCCAGGAUUCAGGGGAGUACAGCUGUGAGGUGGUUGGAGGAGCCACUACCAAGGCCCGGCUGGAGAUAAAAGAACCAGUCCAUGCGUUCACCAGAGCCCUGAAGGACUGUGCCGCUGAAGAGGAGGGCACAAUCACCCUACAGUGUGAGACCGAACAGAGCCCCACUAAGGUGACCUGGUACAAGGGCAGCACAGAGCUCCGGUCUGGAGCCCGCUAUGAUAUGUCCCAGAAGCAGGGAGUCCUGACCCUCACCAUCAGACAGCUGGAGGAAACAGACAGUGAGACCUACACCUGUGACGUGGUAACUGCCAAGAGCACGUCAAAGGUCUCCGUCAAAGCCCUGCCUGCCAUUUUUAAAGAGCAGCUGAAGAACCAGCGUGCCAAAGAAGGGGAGAGUGUUACCCUGGGAUGUGACUUAUCAAAGCCUGGGGCUGAGGUUCUGUGGAAGAAAGGUUCUGAAAUUCUCCAGGCUGGAAUAAAGUAUGAGAUGAGGCAGAGAAGCACCUCCUGUGAGCUGAAAAUGACCCAGUUGAAGGAGGAAGACAGUGGAGAAUAUUUCUGUGUGUGUGGAACCCAAACUACAUCUGCAACUCUCAGAGUCGAGGCAUUACCAGCGGUCUUCACCCAGAAGUUGGAAAGCCAAGAGGCUGAAGAGGAAAGCAGCGUUACCCUGCACUGUGAGCUCUCUAAAGCAGGGUUUCCUGUGGAAUGGAGGAAGGGAGCGAAGGUCCUCACGUCUGGAGAAAAGUACCAGAUGAAGCAGAAGGCCUCAGUGAACGAACUGCUGAUCAGCACCGUGGCUCCAGAAGACAGUGGAGACUACAGCUGUGUGUGUGGAGAGCAGAAGACCUCCGCUAGCAUCAACAUCAAGGCCAAACCAGCGGUCUUCACCCAGAAGUUGGAAAGCCAAAAGGCUGAAGAGGAAAGCAGCGUUACCCUGCACUGUGCGCUCUCUAAAGUGGGGGUUCCUGUUGAAUGGAGGAAGGGAGCGAAGGUCCUCACGUCUGGAGAAAAGUACCAGAUGAAGCAGAAGGCCUCAGUGAACGAACUGCUGAUCAGCACCGUGGCUCCAGAAGACAGUGGAGACUACAGCUGUGUGUGUGGAGAGCAGAAGACCUCCGCUAGCAUCAACAUCAAGGCCAAACCAGCGGUCUUCACCCAGAAGUUGGAAAGCCAAGAGGCUGAAGAGGAAAGCAGCGUUACCCUGCACUGUGAGCUCUCUAAAGCAGGGUUUCCUGUGGAAUGGAGGAAGGGAGCGAAGGUCCUUACGUCUGGAGAAAAGUACCAGAUGAAGCAGAAGGCCUCAGUGAAUGAACUGCUGAUCAGCACCGUGGCUCCAGAAGACAGUGGAGACUAUAGCUGUGUGUGUGGAGAGCAGAAGACCUCCGCUAGCAUCCACAUCAAGGCCAAACCAGCGGUCUUCACCCAGAAGUUGGAAAGCCAAGAGGCUGAAGAGGAAAGCAGCGUUACCCUGCACUGUGCGCUCUCUAAAGCAGGGUUUCCUGUGGAAUGGAGGAAGGGAGCGAAGGUCCUCACGUCUGGAGAAAAGUACCAGAUGAAGCAGAAGGCCUCAGUGAACGAACUGCUGAUCAGCACCGUGGCUCCAGAAGACAGUGGAGACUACAGCUGUGUGUGUGGAGAGCAGAAGACCUCCGCUAGCAUCAACAUCAAGGCCAAACCAGCGGUCUUCACCCAGAAGUUGGAAAGCCAAGAGGCUGAAGAGGAAAGCAGUGUUACUCUGCACUGUGCGCUCUCUAAAGCGGGGGUUCCUGUGGAAUGGAGGAAGGGAGCGAAGGUCCUCACGUCUGGAGAAAAGUACCAGAUGAAGCAGAAGGCCUCAGUGAACGAACUGCUGAUCAGCACCGUGGCUCCAGAAGACAGUGGAGACUACAGCUGUGUGUGUGGAGAGCAGAAGACCUCCGCUAGCCUCAACAUCAAGGCCAAACCAGCGGUCUUUACCCAGAAGUUGGAAAGCCAAGAGGCUGAAGAGGAAAGCAGCGUUACCCUGCACUGUGAGCUCUCUAAAGCGGGGGUUCCUGUUGAAUGGAGGAAGGGAGCGAAGGUCCUCACGUCUGGAGAAAAGUACCAGAUGAAGCAGAAGGCCUCAGUGAACGAACUGCUGAUCAGCACCGUGGCUCCAGAAGACAGUGGAGACUACAGCUGUGUGUGUGGAGAGCAGAAGACCUCCGCUAGCAUCAACAUCAAGGCCAAACCAGCUGUCUUCACCAAGAAGUUGGAAAGCCAAGAGGCUGAAGAGGAAAGCAGCGUGACUCUGCACUGUGCGCUCUCUAAAGCGGGGGUUCCUGUUGAAUGGAGGAAGGGAGCCAAGGUCCUCACAUCUGGAGAAAAGUACCAGAUGAAGCAGAAGGCCUCAGUGAACGAACUGCUGAUCAGCAACGUGGCUACAGAAGACAGUGGAGACUACAGCUGUGUGUGUGGAGAGCAGAAGACCUCCGCUAGCAUCAACAUCAAGGCUGCAAAGCCCUUAUCACAACUCUCAGUGGCAUCUGCUAUGAAAGCAGAGGCCAAGAUUGAGGCUUCCCAACAAAGACAAGAAGCAGUCCACAAGCAGACACUUCAUGUGACCAAGGUGGAAGGAGAAGGAGCUGUGGGGUCUGCUGCUACCUCAAUAGUCUCCAAAGAACAGUUCAAGCGGCAGGAAGUAAACGAGACAGUCCAAGUUGUUCAACUUUCAACUACUGAAGAGAUCUUUACCAUGGAGUCUCAGAGGCUCCAUAUAGUAGAGUCCAUCUCGGAAAGUGUUGAUGUGAUGUUAGGGAGCACAACCACUGUGAAGACUUACUCUGAAACACAAACGACAGAUGGAUCAUCUGGGGCUGGAGCUGUGAAGGUUUCUGCUGUAGUUUCCACCAAUCAGGACUCCAGGACUCAGGGCAGCAGAGGGGCAGCAGAAGUAGCGUUAGGGAGCACAACCACUGCGAAGACUUACACUGAAACACAAACGACAGAUGGAUCAUCUGGGGCUGGAGCUGUGAAGGCUUCUGCUGUAGUUUCCACCAAUCAGGACUCCAGGACUCAGGGCAGCAGAGGGGCAGCAGAAGAUGUGAUGGUAGCGAGCACAGCCCCUGUGAAGAGUAACACUGAGGCAAAAAACAGAGAUGAAUCUGCUGGAGCUGGAGCUGUGAAGGCUUCUGCCUUAGUGUCCACCUGUCAAGACUCCAGAACCCAGAGCAACAGAGGGGCUGAGGAAGAUGUGACGGUAGCGAGCACAGCCCCUGUGAGGACUAACACUGAAUCAGAAACCAGAGAUGAAUCUGCUGGAGAUGGAGCUGUGAAGGCUUCUGCCUUAGUGUCCACCGGUCCAGACUCCAGGACCAAAGGCAGCAAAGGGGCUGAGGAAGAUGUGACGGUAGCGAGCACAGCCCCUGUGAGGACUAACACUGAAUCAGAAACCAGAGAUGAAUCUGCUGGAGAUGGAGCUGUGAAGGCUUCUGCCUUAGUGUCCACCGGUCCAGACUCCAGGACCAAAGGCAGCAGAGGGGCAACAGAAGCUCUUCCGGUCCUCUUCACUCGAGAGCUGGCGAGCAUGGAGGCUAUGGAGGAAGGCAGCAUCACUCUGCACUGUGAGCUCUCCAAAUCCGGAGCGCCCGUGGAAUGGAGGAAGGGAUCCCAGCUCCUCAAGUCUGGCGAGAAAUACCACAUGACACAAAACGGAUGUUCUCACGCGCUGCAGAUCCUCGAUUUGAAACACAUUGACACAGGGAACUACGCGUGCAGUUCAGGCGACGCGGAAAGCUUCGCCUCGCUUAAAGUCAACGCCCUCCCGGUUGUUUUCACCCAAGAGCUUGAGAGUCAGGGGGCAGAGGAGGGGAAGGAUGUCGUCCUUCGCUGUGCGCUCUCCAAGCCCGGGGUGGCUUUGGAGUGGAAGAAGGGAGAGCUGUGUCUCUGUCCCUGUGCUAAAUACGAUAUCAGUCAGACAGGCCUCAGUGCCACACUUGUAAUCCACGACGUGGACCCGGAGGAUUCCGGUAACUAUACAUGCGACAGCGGGGACAGGCAAAGCACCGCGCAGCUAACCGUGAAGGCUCAGCCCGUCCUUUUCACGUCCCAGCUGGCCGACCUGGAGGUGGAGGCCGGGGGGACGGCCGUGCUCCGCUGUGAGACCGCCAAACCCGGGGCCGGCGUGGUCUGGAGGCACGGCGACCUGGUGCUCGAGAACGACAGUAAGCACCAGCUGAGGAGGGAAGGGACGGCGGCAGAGCUGCUCAUCCACAAGCUCCAGCGAGAGGACUCGGGGGAGUACACCUGCGACACGGGCAGCCACCGCACACGCGCCGUCCUCACAGUGCUGGCGGUCGAGGUCACCAUCGUGAGGUUCCUGGAGAGCUGCGUGGUGGGCGAGGGCGACGACGUCCGCUUCCAGUGCGUGGUCUCGCACCCGGAGGCGCCGCUGGCCGCGUGGAAGCUGGCCGGCGUGCCCCUGCAGAACAACGAGAUGAACGUGAUCCUCUGCGAAGACCGGGUGCACAGCCUCACGCUGCGAGGCGUCACCCAGGCCGACUCUGGCACCGUCACCUUCUCAGUGGGGAACCACGCGUCCACCGCCUCCCUGACGGUUAAAGCGGCGCCCGUGGUCUUCCAGAAGGAGCUGCAGAGCCUGGAGGCCGUCGAGGGCGACCAGGCCAUCUUGUCCUGUGAGACCUCCAGCACGGGGGGCCGGGUGCUCUGGAGGAAGGGCUCCCUGCUGCUCACCGACGGGCCCAAGUACUCCAUGGAGCGCCAGGGCUCCACCUGCAUCCUGGUGGUCAGCCAGCUCCGGGCCGAGGACUCCGGGGAGUAUACCUGCGAGACGGGUGACAAGCAGACCACCGCAACCCUGACCGUCAAAGAGUGCGUGCGCAUCGUCCGAGAGCUGUGCGACGUCACGGUGGGCACGGGGGGCGACGCGGUGUUUGAGGUGGAGCUCUCCCACGCGGGGGUGACUCACGGGGAGUGGUGGCUGGCCGACAACCAGCUCCAGCAUAACGACCUGAACGAAAUGAGCAGCGCAGGCCGGGUGCACCGACUGGCCCUGAAGAUGGUGACCACGGACGAGACCGGGGACGUGGCCUUCGUGGUGGGGGAGAGCCGCACGGUGGCCUGCCUCCUGGUGGAGGAGAAAGCCAAAGUGCUAAUACUAGAGAAGCCCCAUGACACGGUGGCCCUAGAGGGCGAAUCCGUCACCCUGGCGUGCACCAUCUCCGACCCCGAGGCCACGGUCAGCUGGACCCGGGACAGCGCCGCCGUUAAACCGGGUCCCAAGUACGACCUGAGGAAGGCCGGGGCGUCGGAACAGCUCCGGAUCCACAACCUGCUCCCCGAGGACUCCGGGACGUACUCCUGCGACACUGGAGACGACUGCUGCGAUGUCUCCCUGACGGUGGAAGGUGUGCCGGCGUUCUUCAAGAAAGAGCUGAAGAGCCGGCAGGCGGAAGAGGGCGACGACGUCACGCUGGCCGUCGAGGUGUCCAGGCCCGGCGUGCGCGUCGAGUGGAGGAAGGGGGGCGUGGUCCUCCAGCCCGGCGCCAAGUAUGAGAUGAGGGAGGAGGGGUGCGCUCGCGAGCUUUGUAUACGCGGCCUGGAGAAGGACGACGGCGGCUACUUUACGUGCGACGCGGGCGACCAGCUGACCACGGCGUCUCUGACGGUGCAAGUGAAAGAAUCCCACAUUGUGUCUGGCCUUAAGUCGACUGACGUGUUUGUUGGGGAGUGGGCCUCCUUCGCCUGCCAGCUGUCUGGUAGGCCGGCAGGUAAGGUGCAGUGGUGGCUGGAUGGCACCAAGCUGGACCACAGCCCCUUCAGUGAGAUAGGGCUGUGUCCCGGCUUCAUCCACACACUCACCUUAAAAAGCCUGGCCUCCGGGGACUCUGGCACUGUCACGUUUAGUGCCGGCAGUCUGGUGUCAGCAGCUAAGCUUUUAGUCAAAGAUCCCAUAGUGGAAGUGGUGUGUGAGAUGGAGGACCAGUGGGUGGCUGAGAACCAGCCGGCCCAGUUCAUCUGCCAGUACUCGCGGCCGGUCAAGGCCCAGUGGAGGAAGGACGGGCAGCCCCUGCAGCCCGAUGGCCGCAGGGUGUUGGUGGAGCAGGACUGGAAUGUGGCCCGCUUGUGCAUUAGCAGUGUGUCGGCCGAGGACAGGGGCACCUACUCCUGUGAGGCCGAGGGCACCCGUGUGGUCGCCGCUUUGCAUGUGGAAGCCAAACCCAUCGACAUAGUCCAGGGUCUGGAGGAUCUGGAGACCAUCGACGGAGGAGAGGCGCUGUUCGAGUGCGCCCUGUCCCGCCCGGAGAAUAAGGACUACCGCUGGAUUCUGAACGGAAAGCCGGUGAAGCAGUCCCCCAACGCGGAGAUCGUGUCCUUCGAGAGUGGCCGACGCCACCUGCUGCUCCUGAAGGAGCUGCGCGUGGCGGACAGCUGCACGGUGACCUUCCAGGCAGGGACGGCCUCGUCAUCUGCCCAGCUCACCGUUAAAGCCUGGCAGCUGGAGGUGGUGAAGGCCCUGGAGGACAAGGUGGCCACGGUGGGGGAGAAGGUGGAGUUCUGUGUGGAGCUCACGGAGCCCGUCCCCGUGGCAGAGGUAGCCUGGUACGCUAACGGCGUGGAGCUGAAGGCCGACAGCAGCUGGGCCAUGCGGGCGGACGGCCGGGCCUACCGCCUGGUCCUGAGACAGGCCACCCUGAUGCCCCAGCAGGAAAUCACCUUUGCGGCUCGGGAAGCUAUCUCCAUAGCUAAGCUGACCAUCAUCACUGUGCCCGACCCUCCCGAGGACCCCGAGGUCCUGAGUAAGACCCAGACCUCCAUCUCCCUCUCCUGGUUCACCCCGCUGCACGACGGCGGCAGCCCCAUCCUGGGCUACCGGCUGGAGAUGCGGGUGGCCGACAGCGCCCUCUGGCUGCCGUGCCACUCCGAGGCCGUCUGCAACACAGAGUACACGGUGGACAACCUGAUCGCGGGCAGCGGCUACCGGUUCAGGGUGGCGGCCAUCAACAGAGCCGGGACAGGGGAGUCCGUCCAGCUGCCGCAGACGGUGCAGCUCGAGGCCCCGGUGGCGGUGACCACGCCGCUGGCGUGCCUUGACCUGUGUGCAGGUAAGACGGCACGCGUGGACUGCCAGCUUUCUGUAGAGGGCGUGUCGGUCACUUGGCUGAAAGAUAGCCGAGAGCUGGAGGUAGGGGCUAAGUACCAGUUCAGCACCGAGGGCCAGAGGCAAGUGCUGCUGGUUCAAAGCUUUGAGGCGGCCGACCAGGGGGUAUACACAUGCGUGGCCUCAGCUGACGCCGAGAGCUCCAUCGACCUCAUUCUGAAAGGAGCAGAGGUAAAGCAGGUGGGCGGAGACUCAGAGGACGGGGGCCAGCCGUGUUUGCCCCCCGAGGCGGCAGAGGAGGGGGACGUACACGAGCUGUGGGAGGCCUCGGCCAAGAAACGACGAAUGAGCCGAGAGCCCACUCUGGACUCCAUCUCUGAGAUGCCCGAGGAGGACGGUAAAGGCCGCAAGGAUAAAGAGGAGCUGGAGAAGAAGGAGGAGGUGAAGGAGGAGGUGAAGGAGGCAGAGGAAGUAGUAGAGGUGAAAACGACAGAGAAGGUCAAGGAGGAAAAACCUAAAAAGCCUGCGGAGCCCAAUCCGCCCGCGAGCUCCGGGGACGAGUCUGCGACGGGGGGUUCUUCGCUCGUGUCUUACCUCAAGAAAAGUAGCAAGACAUCGCUCUCGGUAGAAACCCGAGCGGAGGCCAUGUCCCCGACGGAGAGGUUCUACGCCCAAUUCAAAAUGUCCGACCAGAAGACCACCACGACGGUUCAGCAGGAAGAGGUGACGAUGACGACGACGCGAGAAGAGAGCGUGAUGGAGAUCAGCAAGGAGGACGAGCCCGAGCUGCGUCAGGCGGCCGUCAAGAUCCAGGCCGCCUUCAAGGGCUUCAAGGCGCGCAAGGACAUGCGGCCGGUCUUCAAGGACGUCUUCCAGGACCAGACCAAGGAGCCCAACGGCACCAUCCACCUGGAGUGCGUGGCAGAGGGGAAGCCCGAGAAGGUGCAGUGGCUGAAGGACGGCGCGGCGCUGGCCGACGGCAAGCACCACCACAUCGACAUCUACAACGACGGCACCUGCUCGCUGGUCAUCACCGCCCUCACCACCAGCGACACGGGCGUCUACACCUGCGAGGUCAGCAACAAGUUCGGCCUGACCUCGCACAGCGCGCGGCUGGGCGUGGGCACGCCGGCGGUGGUGUCGUCCGGCCGCCGGCCCCUGACGGUGGGCUACAGCGCCGACAGCGAGCCCGAGAGCUCGUCGGGGAGCGAGAUGGACGAGUCUCUGCGGCUCGCCGGCAGGCGCCUGCGCCGGCUCCUGCGCACGCGGCUGCCGCCGGACGUGGAGGAGGAGUCGUUCCUGAGCGCCGAGGAGGGGGACCUGGCGGUGGCGCCUGACCCCCAGUCGUACCGCGAGGACGAGCGCUACAUCUACAUCCGCUUCGACACGCGGGCGGAGGCCCAGGUGGCGUCGCAGAGGUUCCAGGAGAUGUUCACGGCCCAGGGCGUGCCGGUGGAGACCACCAUCCUGGAGGCGGGGCCUGUCAAGGUGGAGCUGCGCAUCAUGAAGAUGGGCUACACGCAGGACGGCACGCAGACCCCCACGCAGGACAAACAGUUACCCGCCUUCAUGACGGGAGCCCCCGCUGCCCCGGUGUUCCUGACGGAGCUGCAGUCCCAGGACGUUCCCGACGGCUACCCGGUCAGCUUCGACUGCGUGGUGAUCGGGAAGCCGCCGCCGGCCGUCCGCUGGUACAAGGACGGCAAGCUGCUGGAGGAGAACGACCACUUCAUGAUCAACGAGGACCAGGAGGGCUGCCACCAGCUCAUCAUCACCACCGUUCUGCCCAGCGACAUGGGCGUGUACCGCUGCAUGGCCGAGAACAGCAGCGGCAUCAGCGCCACCAAGGCGGAGCUCCGCGUGGACAUCUCCUGCAGCUCUGAUUACGACACAGCCGCCGACGCCACGGAGACCGGCUCUUACAUCAGUGCCAAGGGCUACAUGUCCAGGGAGACGGAGGCCUUUGAGUCGGUGGCUGAGGACGAACAGCUCCCCCAGGUGGUGGACGAGCUCCAGGAGGUCCGGGUCAGCCCCGGUUCGCCCGUCGCUAAGAUGCAGCUCAGGCUGAAAGGUUUCCCCAAGCCCAGGGUGUACUGGUUCAAGGAUGGGCAGCCCCUGCGGCCUUCCAAGAGGCUGGUGAUCCAGGCCGAGAGGGAUGUCCACGGCCUGCAGGUCAUGGAGGUGACCCGGGCCGACAUGGGGGAGUACUCCGCCUACAUCAGCAACGUGGCCGGCUCCGCCUACUCCUCGGCCAGACUGCUGGUUCUGGGUCCCGGAGAGAUCAUGCCACAAGAUACAAAGAAAGACCCUAAAGAGCCGCUGGUGCCUCCGCGAUUCAUCGAGAGGUUCAGCAACAGGACGGUGAAGCAAGGAGCUAGCAUCACUCUGUCUGUCAGAGUGGAAGGCUCCCCCACUCCCAUGGUGUCCUGGCUGAAGGAGGAGGCCAUGGAGGACGUGGUGUGGAUCAAAGCCGACACCAAGGGCUACAAGAUCGCGGGCUCGGGCCGGCAGCACAGCCUCAUCCUCAUGGACGUGGGCGCCGAGUACGCCGGCACCUACACCUGCAUUGCCACCAACCGGGCGGGGCAGUCCCUCUGCACCGCCCGCCUGGAGGUGGACAAGGCACCGAGACCAAAGCCGGAGACCAAAGUCCCAGAGGUUCUUGGGAUCACAGUGAGUCCUCCAGAGGAAGAGGCCAGCAAAGGAACAGAGGUGAAGAUGUCCUAUAUGGGAGAGGUGGGCUCGGAGGAGUUCCUGAUGAAGCUCACCACUCAGAUCACUGAGAUGGUUUCAGCAAAGAUGACCCAAGACAGCAUACAGAAUCAACCAGUUCUCCAGUGGAUGAAAUCAUGGCCCAAAGCACCCACCUCACUGCGUGUCCCCGGGGCGGGUGACAGUGACGACGAGACGAAGACCCCCUCUCCGUCCCCCCACCACGGGCGCUCCCGCCCCCCCUCGCUGGUGGCUGACUCCUCCUCCGAGUCGGACGAGGGCGACGCCCGCGGAGAGAUGUUUGACAUCUACGUGGCGUCGGCGGACUACACCCCGACGAUCGCCUGCAAGGAGUCCAUCUGUCUGAAGGAGGGACAGUACGUGGAGGUGCUGGAUUCUGCCCACCCCCUCAAGUGGCUCGUCCGGACCAAGCCCACCAAGACCACCCCUUCUCGACAGGGCUGGGUCUCCCCAGCCUACCUGGACAAGAAGCUCAAGCUGUCUGCUGACACGGGCGACCUUCCAGAGGCGAACGUGGAGGAGGUUUCUGAGGGCGAUUACAAGAGGAAGUUAAUGCAACUGAUCCAGGACCUGGUGAGCAGCGAGGCAGAGUUUGUGAAGGACAUGGAGUUCUUCACCUCGCACCACGUGAAGCACGGAAGCCACCCCGACGCGCCCGCUGACGUCUCCGCCCAGAAGGAAGCCAUCUUCCGCAACAUCGAGGACAUCAAAGCCUUCCACGGAGGGGCCUUCCUGCCCACGCUGAACGAGUGUGUGACGGACGACGACAUCGCCAUGCGCUUCCUGAGGAACAAGGAGGGCUUCGAGAAGUACCUGCAGUACCUGGUGGGCCAGGGCCAGGCCGAGGCGGCCGUGGGAGACAAGGCCGUCCACCACUUCUUCAAGGAGUAUACUGACAAGGAGAAGGCCGGCUCGGAGCACCCUGUGCUGAGCAUCAACGCCUACAUGCAGCGGCCCCUGGAGAGGAUCCAGAAGUACAAGGCCAUCCUCAAGGAGAUGCUGCGGAACAAGGCCCGCAACGGGCAGAACUGCUGCCUGCUGGAGGAGGCCUACUCCACGGUGUCCUCGCUGCCCCAGCGCUCGGAGAACACGCACCACGUGGCCAUGAUCGAGAACUACCCGGCCACCCUGGGGGUGCUGGGGGAGCCCAUCAGACAGGGGCCGUUCCAAGUGUGGGAGGGGGCCCCAGGCAUCCGGUCCUCCUCGCGGGGCCACCACCGCCACGUGUUCCUGUUCAAGAACUACUGCGUCAUCUGCAAACCCAAGAGGGACAGCAACACGGAGACGCAGGCCUACGUCUUCAAGAACAUGAUGAAGCUGAACAACAUCGAUGUGAACGAGACGGUGGAGGGCGACGACCGGGCGUUCGAGAUCUGGCACGAGCGCGAGGACUCGGUGAGGAAGUACACGCUGCAGGCCCGCACCGUCAUCAUCAAGAACUCGUGGCUCCGGGACCUCAGGGAGCUGCAGCAGCGCUACACCAUGCCCGCCUGGAGCCCCCCUGACUUCGAGGCCAUCCUGGCAGACUGCACGGCCGAGCUGGGACAGACUGUGAAGCUGGCCUGCAAGGUCACCGGUGUCCCCAAACCCGUGGUCAACUGGUACAAGGAUGGCCGCCCGGUGCAGGCGGACCCGCACCACAUCAUCAUCGAGGACCCCGACGGCUCCUGCACCCUCAUCCUGGACAACAUGACCGCUGACGACUCCGGCCAGUACAUGUGCUUCGCCACCAGCUCAGCCGGCAACGCCAGCACCUUGGGCAAGAUCACCGUCCAGGUGCCUCCACGCUUCGUGAACAAGCUGAGGAACUCCUCCUUCGUGGCCGGGGAGGACUCCCAGUUCACCUGCAUCAUCCAGAGCGCCCCCACCCCCAAGAUCAGGUGGUUCAAGGAGGGCCGGCUGCUGAUGGACCAGGAGAAGUACCAGACCUACAGCGAGCCCCGCAGUGGCGUGCUGGUCCUGGUCAUCAAGGGCCCCACGGAGAGGGACCUCGGGCACUACGAGUGUGAGUUGUCCAAUCGUCUGGGCCACGCCAAGUGUGCCGCUGACCUGGUCCUCCCGUGUGUGGCGUCUCGCUCUGCCGACCAGGGCGUCACCAUCGAAGUGACUGAGCAGGAGACUAAAAUACCAAAGAAAACCAUCAUCAUCGAGGAGACCAUCACCACCGUGGUGAAGAACACGCGCAUGAAGCGCCACAAGUCGCCGGGCUUCUCCGCCACCACCGCCACCUUCCGCACCGAGACCUCCACCCCGGAGCCUGCCGCGUCCCGGCACCGGCGGAUGCCCCCCGCCAGGAAGACCACCAUCCCGACCCUCUACGUGACGGAGCCCCAGGGCGCCGAGGCCUGGGCGGCGGAGCAGCAGCAGCAGCAGCAGCGCAAGCCGCGCUGGGUGGAGGUGGAGGAGACCAUCGAGUACAAGGUCAACAAGUCGCCACGCCUCUCCCGCCGGCGGGGGGUCUCGCCGGCGGGCUCCGAGCGCUCCGUGGGGGGCGGCUCCGUGAUGGGGGGCCUGGGGGCCCGACCCAGGCGCUCGCCGCCGGAGAACCCCAACGCCAACAACUCCAACAACAAGCUGGUGGAGCAGCUGGCGGAGGAGGACGCCCCCGGCCAGCCGCUGUCCUGGGACGCCCCGGGGCACGCCGCCCUCCUCCCCGGGCCCGCCUCCUCCUGGACCCCCGGCGGCGGGGCCUUCGAGGUGUCCUCCGUCUCUCACGGUGCGGCCGGCGAGGAAGACGACUACGACGAAGGCGAGAUGGACGACCAGGAGACCGUCAUCGUCGAGCCCGACAGCGACGACGGGGACGACCGCGAGCCCAUCGGAGAGCCUAAGAUCCUGUCCCGGGACGGGCGCGUGCUGACCCUGGAGGACUUGGAGGACUACGUCCCGCGGGAGGGCGAGCGCUACGGCUCCUCCGCCCGCCCCCCCGCGGAGAGGCCCUGUGAGAUCGCCGUGCUGCAGCGGGAGAUCGGGGGCUCGGCCGUGGGCCAGCCCGUGCUGCUCAACGUGGGACGUCCCCUCGCCGCCGCCCCAAGGCAGCGGGGCGGGUUCUUCAGCCGCUUCCGGGACCACCUCCCCGGCGGCCUCUUCUCCUCCUCCUCCUCCUCCUCCGUCGGGCCCCGGGGCCCGGCGAGAGACGUCCCCAUCCAGGUGAGCCACGCCCAUCUGGAGGUCCAGCCCUCCUACUGCUCCGAGGUGCAGAGAGUGGAGGGCGGCCAGCAGAGCUACAAGACCCGGGUGGUGGCCCGGACCUAUGACUACACCCCCGUAGGGAACCCCGUCACCCUUCAGUUCGGUAAGAAGCCCCACGGCGACCAGUAGGCCCCGAGGAGACCAGCAGUGGCGGUAUCGGUAUCACAACCCCCGGUAGUCUUAAAUGGGAACAUUUCUAGAUUGAAGGCUGUUUGAAGUGCAUGUUGUUGCCGUGCGUUCGCUGCAUAUGACGGUUCAUUCCACUGUAAAGCAGAACACCGCGAGAUGAGGGACAGGCCGGUCGACCGGUGGUCUAUUUCCGUUGGAGGCGUCACAUCGGCUGUAUAAUCUGGCAGAACUGAGGAGGAAUUUUAAUCAUAACUACGGUACUAUUUUGUUGAGGAACAAGUAAAAGUGCUAUAUUGUUUUGUUAACUUACUAGUUUUGAUUUCCGUUGGCCAUCAAAAUAACUGAUGCUGUAAAUGUCAUUUUAGCAAUCAACUGAUAUUAGCUUGUUUGGGUAUUGAAAGAAACAUUGAAAAUGGUUUUGAAAACGCAUUUUCAUUCCUGUUUUAUUUUACAAUGAUUGAUUUCACAAAUACAAACAUUGUAUUACCUUGAGUUGUUGAAGGCUGUAAAUCUGUAAAUCUGCAGUCGUUUGAAAUUAAAAGCUCUGCCUAAACGAGCUCAGCAGAAGUGAAUAGUUAAAUGAAUGAACAAGAUGUCAACGGUUUAUUUAGUCAUCUGUAUUUGAACAGAUUGCUUUUCACAGAGAUAUAUAACGUUUAACUGAGUUUUGUCCAUAUUUUCACACAACGAAAACGUCUGUUUCUGAAGAAUUGGGUAGAGUGACAACAGACCUCAGUGGGAAAUCAAGCGAUUAAAAGUUUGAGUUUUUAUCAGCAUGUAACAUGGAUUCAGUUCAUGAGGCACUGGAUAAUUAAAGGUAUUACUGCUCAGAUAUUUUAAUAUCUGCCGAUGCAGUGAAGUCACCAAGGAACUUAUUAAGGAUGAAAGACCGAUUCAAAGUUGAUUUAUUUGGGAGUGAAAGCAUGAUAUGUAUUCGUUUUUCAAAAGCAAGUUAAUCAGUUAAUGAAAUUAGAAGUUGAUUAACUCAUAUUUAAUAACUGGUGGAUAGGAGUACAAACGAUUGAUUAAAGUGCUUAAACUCACGUUAUUUAAAAUAUUUGGUUUAAGAUAAUCUAUAGCCAGUAGUUUAUUUGAAAAGGUAGUAUUGUUCUUUGAGGUGUUGUAGAAGUGCAUCAAGUAUUUUGUGUAAUCCUUUCAGAAUAAAUAGAUUACUACCUGUACUGUACAUUUUGAGAUUUCAUGAGAAUCAUGUUAUCAGAGUGAAUCUAAAGUAAAUAAAUUCAAUCAAACUAGGAAAUAUGAUUCAAA